CAUAUAAAAAGACCCUAAUCCGCAGCAAUUGAAUCAUUCAGUCGAAGUUAACCAAAGAACAGUUAACCGAAAGAAUUUUAUCAUUUACAGUCACAAUGAAAAAUCUAAUAUUGGUUGCUGCCUUGGUGGCUUUACAUGCAGCAUUUACAAAUUCUACAGGAUGCCAACAAUUUAUUGACGUUAUAGCCGUUGUCGAUGGUUCGGACAGUGUCGGAAGAUCAGAUUUUGAUUCAGUACAGGAUUCCUUGAGAGUAUUUGUUUCAUCAUUGGGGGUGAGCUCAUCAGUCCGGUUUGGCGUUGUCGUCUACAGUUCUGAAGUAGGAGAUGUCAUUCCAUUAUCAGGCGAUGCUAGUUCUAUAAGUAAUCAAAUUGAUAAUCUUAACCAUACACGUUUAGGAACACGCACCGACUUGGGUAUCGCCAGAAUGAUUCAGAUGUUCGGGGCUUCUUCAAGCCCUAAAGUUGGUAUUGUCAUCACCGACGGGGAAUCUUUAUUUCCGAAUAUAACAUUGUCUCAAGCAACAAGUGCAAAAGCGGACAACGUUAAUAUGUUUGCCAUCGGAGUCGGAGCAUUUAUUAAUACCCAGGAACUAAAUGGUAUAGCCUCAUCAACUAAUCAAGUAUUAUCUGUCACCGAUUACACGGCACUUGCCCAACAGAUAACCAGUCUAGUGUUGGAAAUCUGUCCAACUACUACCCAACCAACAACAACUACCCCAACAACAACAACAACUACCCAAACAACAACAACAACUACCCAACCAACAACAACUACCCAAACAACUCGUCCAACUACCCAAACAACAUCUACUCAUCCAUGUGAUGGCUGUGCAAUGGUUAACGGUAUUGGAUACAACCCACACACAGAAUGUGAUAAAUAUAUCCAAUGUGAAUUUACCACAGAUCUCACCUUACUUCGAUACCACGUAAAACAAUGUGGAUAUGGAACUUUCUGGAAUCAAGAUAAACUGACCUGUGAUCAUAUUGGCAAUGUCGCCUGUGAUAAUGACCCAUGUAAAAUAAGUCCUCCUGGCAGUUCAUACAAGACAGCUGGAAAUUGUGCUCAGUAUUACAGAUGUGUUAAUGGUAAAACCCAAGUCAGAACAUGUAGAUCUGGAUAUUCCUAUUCACUUUAUGGCUACUGUACUACAGAUACUUCAUGCAGUCACAAUAAUGCUGAUCCAGUCGGUUCUGUGUACUGUCAAUUUAAAGAAAGAACUGAUGAUAAAUGUCAUUAUGAUUGGGUUACGGCAAUAGGCACAUACAAGAUGGCUUGUCCACCCGGUACGACUUUUAACCCAGUCAAAUGUUCAUGUGAUACAGAAUAUGGAACUUCUUGUAAUCCUCUCUGUAAGCCAAUCGUGGACAUUCAAUUCAACCCAUCCGAAUCUGCAGAGUAUGACAACGAUGGGGCUCUAAUCCAUAAUGGUAAAGCUUAUUUCAAUGGCAACGCCGCCAUCAGGAUUCUGACAUUGGCUAAUGUUGACUUUCAAUCUAAAAUUAACAUAAAGGUCCGGUAUCUCGUGGAAUCGUAUAGUUCUCAAACACAAGCCGUGGUUACCAAUGGUGAUUGUGGUAAACAACCGUCCAUAAGCAUAGGCAACCGAAAUAACAAUGUCCAAUUCAACCUCGAGGAUACUACAAACGCCAACCACACUCUUGUUGUUAAUUCUCAUUUAAAAUGGCGGACAGUUGAAUACAGUCUGGAUAAUGGAGUAUUUACAGCCAGAGUUAACUCUGCCAGUACUAGAAAAAAUAUCCCAGAUGCUAAAAUACUAAGAUCAAAGUGUGCCUUCCAACUAGGUUAUGGUACUGGAUUCCAGAAUUUUAAAGGAUGGAUUGAUUACAUCACUGUAUCAACAUGUCCAACCAACUAUUUUGCAAUUGCUUAAUCAAUCAUGCAUGUAUGAUAACCAAAUAUAUUUAAAUUUACUACAUUGUUUACUAGAAAGGCUUGAUGCCUUUUGAUCUUGUACAGUUUUAUGCAGACCAUCUUGUUUCAGUUUUGUUUUUAAAAAACAUGUCUACAUUUUAAUAUAUAUACCUCAAUCUGAUUAAAACACAGAUCCUAUUUCUUUUCGUUUUUUUUAUAGUUCAAAAUUUCAUUUUAGUUGUCUUUACUACACUAGGAUCUGGAAAAGUUGUUAUAUUACAGUCUGUUACGACGAGUCCUUGGCGUGCUGUGCACGGAAUUGUGGGUAAACCACUAGAAACGUCAACGCUGAUUGAUUAAUAAAUGUUUGACGUCAUAGGGUCAAAAGCCGCUCGUUUCACCCCUGACGUGAACUCCCACUGUAACUCGUCAGAUCUUCAUGUAGUGUAGGCCAUCGAAAGUAUAAAAAAACGAAACGAAAUAUAGAUCUGUGUUUUAAUCAGAUUGAAUAUACCCAUACAUCUAUAUUUUAAUACUUGUUUAGUGAAAUUUACUACGUUGUUCUAUUGUUUCAUUAAAUUAUAAUCAAAAUAUUGUUUUCUAGAUCAACUUUGUGUUCUUUUGAACUUGUAUUGUUUUAUGCAAACCAGCUUUGUUUUUAAAAUAAUUUCUACAUUUUAUUUAAUUCGCUCUGUGAUCAAGAUAUCGUUUUCUGAAUAAAAUUGUGUUGUUCUAUGCAAA